AUGUCUCGCUGUAAAAAAGGAGAAUUAGCUAAACUUAAACGUCAAAUUGAAUCUUAUGAACAUGAACAUACGAAUGGAAUUAAUGAACAUUCUGAUGAUGAAGGUGUUCGUGCUGGAUAUAAUAGUGGUACUGAUGAUGAACGUUCAAAUGAAGCAUUUGCUAAUUUACGUGCUCGAAGUACAUCACCUGUACAUACAACAACAGCACUAAAAGAUACUGAACAUAUGACAAAUGGUGAACAUAAACGACCAAGAAGUGUUACGAGUGAUACAGAUACAAGUGGAGAUGAAGAUCUAUAUAUGGAAGAUGAAGUACAUGAGAUACAAGUUCCAAUUCAUGCAUCAUCACAAUCAGAAAUGAAUCAUAAUCUUAAUCUUAAUCCUAGUCAAGAUAGUCUACUUGAUUUAGGUGAUGAUCGAAUGGAUUACAGACCAUCAACUAUUAGUAAACAUCAUCAACGACGAAAAUAUGUCACUGGUGUUAAUUCGAUUUCAACUCGUCCAUAUCUUAGUCAUGCCGGUGCUGGUAUCCCACCGACAUUAGAAACACCAACAUUACCAGAAGAAUCUCAAACAACUGAAGAUUUAUUAGAGAAAAUUUGA